AAAACCACGGUCACACCAAAAGCUGCUGUGGAAAAACUCAUGCACAAUAGAAAAUAGAAAACCGAAUAUUUUCACAACAAAACCGUAAUUCCUCGCCCAAAAAACCAUAGUAGCAUGUGCAGGACACCCCUCGGCGUAGGAAUUUAAAGGAACUAGAGGAAAACCAAGAGCGAAACGACGAAAAAAGCGAACUCUAUUUUUACUCUAUAGAUAUCAUCCAAGGAGAACCACAAAAGGCGAAACCAAAAUGGGAAAUGAAACAUCACUGCCCAUGGAAAUGUGUUCCAAUUUCGACGCAGACGAGAUCCGGCGGUUGGGCAAACGCUUCCGGAAACUGGAUCUGGACAAUUCGGGGGCGCUGAGCGUGGAUGAAUUCAUGUCGCUGCCGGAGCUGCAACAGAAUCCGCUGGUGCAGCGCGUGAUCGACAUUUUUGACGCGGACGGCAACGGCGAGGUGGACUUCAAAGAGUUUAUUCAGGGCGUGUCGCAGUUCAGCGUCAAGGGCGACAAGCUUUCUAAGCUGCGGUUCGCCUUUCGCAUCUACGACAUGGACAACGAUGGCUACAUUUCCAAUGGCGAACUGUUUCAGGUUUUAAAAAUGAUGGUGGGCAACAAUCUGAAGGACACGCAACUGCAGCAGAUUGUGGACAAGACGAUCGGCUUCGCGGAUAAGGAUGAGGAUGGCAAGAUCUCGUUCGAUGAGUUCUGUUCUGUGGUCGGCAAUACGGACAUUCACAAGAAGAUGGUAGUCGAUGUCUAAAAUAGGUUUAACGCAGAUCCCCUUUUCUACGCGAUGUUAUUUAUUUAUUUUAUACACGUCGGCAUCCUUCGAUUGUCAAUAUCACCACUAUUUAUAUGGUUAUUAUUUUUGAUCGGCAAUUCGCUAGUUAAAUAUUGUUAUAAGCCUUUGGCGCGCCAGUUCAGUCAGUCAGGACAGCGAUUGAAGGCUUAGGAAGAAAUCGUGAAUGCAAUGUUGUUAUCCUAAGUUGAAAAGUGGAAAAAUGCGCCUCCUACUUACUUCUUAAAUAUAUACAUCUAUAUACUUAUAUAUAAAUGCAUAUAUAGUCAUAAUUUAUUAUACAAUUAUACAUUUAAUGAAUUCAAAAACCCUAGAAGCAAAACUAAACUAAAGCGAAAACCAACUUCGUGCAAGUAAAGGCAAAUAAAGCAAACCAAGUUGAA